AUGCCGACCGUCCCCAUUGUGUACUUCGCCAUCGCUACCGGGCUGGUGUGGCUGAUGUUCCUGGUCAUGGCGGCCAUUCGAGCAUGCACCGGCGAUUACAACACCCCGCCACCGGAGGCACAUCUGCAUGCAACAGCAGCUCCAGCUCCACAGAGAUCUGAAGCAGAGAAAGUCGCCAUGCUGGCCACGAUAGAUGUGCAUCUUCCAGAAAUCAAGCUGGACAAGGAAGUGACGUGUUCCGUCUGCCUUGAUGUGGUUACUGUGGAACAUCAAGCCAGGCGACUCGAGUGCCACCAUGCAUUCCAUUCCAAAUGUAUUUCAGGCUGGCUGCUACACGGAGCAAACAAGCAUUGGGAUGACAAUGCCAUCCAGUGUCCCGUCUGUAGACACAGGCAGCUGUUGUCAAAGCUUCCCGGGAUGAAUCCAGUUGUCGUCGGAGCGAGCGAUGGGAGUGUGGAGAUGGCGGCGUAA